AUGGUUCAAGAGCAAGAGAAGAGAUACCAAGGAUCUGAGUUCCUUUUGGCUACUCUCCAAACUUUGGACAAAAUACCUUCAACUCAACUUAAGGGUAACUUUAAGAGCUACAAACGUACUAGACAUGGUCAAAUACGACAGAAACGACGAGAUUGCAAGCCCAAGAAAGUGCAGAAAUGUACGAGCAACUUCAAUAUCUCAGCACCAGAACAACAUUCAGCUCACCCACAGACCAAGAUAUCUUUGCCAACACACUUGAACAAGCAGAACGACUUGCAGUUUUUGGAUUUACAGGAUACCAGCGCUGAGGAUGAAAGUACCCAGUCAACUCUUAACAUCCUCUUCAACUCUAGAAGCGCCUUUUGGACUAGUCACUGUGGCGAAAUGUGUCUCAAUCUCUCCAUUACUGUUGCACCCAUACCAGUCACAGUCGAUCAGCGGUUGAUCAUUUGCGAGAUCUCUCACACCCGUCGCAUGUUCGAACCUUUUACCUUAGUUAACCCAUAUGCACCUCCUCAGCAUGCACAGAAUCGCAUAUUCUUUGAAAGCUUACUUUCUCUAUCUCCUUUCUCGUCCUUUUCAACAGAUUAG